GCAGGAAUUCCAGUCUCCUCGAUGGCGGCGCGGGGGUGCGUACCGUCGUGGCUGCCGCUGCUCCAGCUGCUGCUGGCUGCGGGCGCGGGGGGCGCGCAGUGGAGCGGGAAGGGCACCAGCCAACGCCUGCAGAGCAUCUUCCUGGGCCGCUGCGCCGAGUACUGCUCGCUGGUGAGCCCUGAGCUGCGGGACAAGAACUGCACAGCCAUCUGGGAAGCCUUUAAAGUGGUGCUGGACAAGGACCCUUGUUCUGUGCUCCCCUCGGACUAUGACCUUUUCAUUAACCUCUCCAGGCACUCCAUUCCCAGAGACAAGUCCCUGUUCUGGGAAAAUAACCACCUCCUUGUUACUAGCUACUCAGAGAACACCCGUCGCUUUACGUCCCUGAGUGAUGUUCUAUAUGGCCGGGUUGCAGAUUUCUUGAGUUGGUGUCGACAGAAAAAUGGGUCUGGGCUGGAUUACCAGUCCUGUCCUACAUCAGAAGAUUGUGAGAACAACCCUGUGGAUUCCUUUUGGAAAAGGGCAUCCAUUCAGUAUUCGAGAGACAGUUCUGGGGUGAUCUAUGUCAUGCUGAAUGGUUCUGAGCCCACAGGAGCCUAUCCUGUCAAAGGUUUUUUUGCAGAUUUUGAAAUUCCAUACUUCCAGAAGGAUAAGAUCACACGAAUCGAGAUCUGGGUCAUGCAUGAGAUUGGGGGAACCAAUGUGGAAUCCUGUGGAGAGGGCAGUGUGAAAAUCCUGGAGGAGAGACUGCAGGCCAUGGGCUUCCGGUCCAGCUGCGUUGACGACUACCUACCAGUGAAGCUCUUAAAGUGCGUGGACCACAGUACUCACUCUGAUUGUGCCUUAAAUUCCUCAGAGAAGUUGAUGGAAGGCUCACUCAAGUCCACCCAGCUAGAAAGGGCACAGCCGGAGUCUGAAGGAGCCUGUGAGGCUUGGAGAGGGUGGGAACUUGAACCUGUUUUGUUCACUGACGGAUGUAUCUGGAGAAAGAAGAACAGAGCUUGCAACCUGGCAGACACUAGGAAUGAGUGAGUGACUAACUGAAUAAAUGAACGUCUGUGUCUGGUAGAGGCCCGGAUUGGAGGUGAACAAUAUUCAAGGGUGCUGAGCCUUCCAAAGAGAUGACAAGUGUCCAAGGGCCUCAGAGAGUGUCUGUGGCAGCAGAUACAGAUUUUGUGUGCAAGAAAAAGAAACCAUCUCUGCCUAGUUCAGUGGGAAACAGGGGAAUAAGGUUAUUUCAAGGAUUUAAGGGGAUGGACUUUCUAAAGGCCCUGGCACCUCGGGAAGGGUCGCAUUGUUUCUUAGGGCUGUACAGUUUUGCUCCAGUCUCUGUAACCCCGUGUACCUGUACAGAUACAGGUCAUGUGAAAAUCCUUGAAAUACCUGUUGCACCUCUAUCAUUGCUCCUGGAACAGGCAAAGGACACCACCUGUGGGGCCCCUGCUGCAGGGAGCUCAGUGAAGGAGGAAGCUCUUCUGGCCUUUCCUGGGGAAUUCCUAAGCACUUGGGAAUAGGCAGGCUUCCCCGGAGUUCCCCUUUCAUGCCAACGAGACUCCUGGAAGGUGGGCAGCGUGAGCCCCAUCCGUGAUGCUAAGGUUCAGGGAGAUGAAGGGAUCACAGUCACUCAGGACCAGCUAGACCCAAGUGACACCAGGGUCGCUGUGCUCGAAGUCCCCUUCUCUCUACCACACCACACUGCUGCAACCCUCUGGGUGCACACACGUCAGGCAGGGGAGGGGACAGGAGUUCUUGACCUGUUCUUUCGCCUCUGUUUGGGCAUUCCUUUCAGUGUUUGUUGGCAGAUCUCUUUCUAACAGUUCUGCCCAUUUUCUUCAAAUGUGAAGAAUGAAACCGUCUUUCGCUCUUUGCCAAGUUUUCUCCACUUUGGUUGCCUUAGCAGGAAUCUUGCAAAUUUCUUUUUUUGAACAUUUUAGCAAUUGUAGAUAGUUUAUGAAACAGGAAUCACAAGUAGCAAAUGGACAAGAUUAUUUAAUCACUCUAAUAAUAGUGUAAUAAAAAAUAACAAGGUAUAAUUUCUACCUCAACUUCUUUGACAUAUCUUAAGAAAAAACGGCAAAAAACUUUUUAAAAAACAUGUUAUUUAAUGCCUGAGAGCACCACCAAUUACUGGAGUGCUCUGGGAAAAAAAUUUGACAAUAUGUGACCAGAAUUCCGGAAAUCCUCAUGAUCUCUG